GAUAAGCUUAUUCUCAGAAAUAAAAUUAUCAGUUAUAGAGUAAAUUGUAGUUGUGUUGUGAGAACGUACGAUAGGGUUGUGUAAUAACUUCUUUCUUAAUAGAAGCAAUAUUAAAAUUACCAUAUCAAGAUGUAUUUCGUUUCGAAUGUAAUUAAGGUCACCAUACCUAAUUAUUUGGCUAGUUUGCCAAUUCCUGAUUCUUUUGGAGGAUGGUUUCGGCUAGGAGUUAGGGAUUGGCUUGCCUUACUGCCCCCAACUCUCGCUAUUGGUGGCAUCUCAUACUAUUCGUAUCAGACAAUAAAGAAAGCAAAAGAAGCUGGCAACGGUCAAGUCAACCCAUGUAUCAGAAAGGAUGUAAAUAAAGUGGUUGAUUUCAUUGACAUUGAAGAUAUAACGGACAAGGUGUCUCUAUGCAGGUGCUGGAGGAGUAAAAAUUGGCCGUACUGUGACGGCGCUCAUGGAACUCAUAACAAAGCAACUGGAGACAACACCGGUCCAGUUGUAGUGAGGCACAAGGAAAACAAGUAAAAAAUUUCAAUAUAGACCUGUGUCAAUUGAUCAUUUCUCACGACCCAUUGGCAUCUGAUCGCUUCAGGUUCUGUUGUGAGUCAUGACACCGAUAGCUGGUUGUGUUUGAUUCAGUGAUCAGAGACGUGAGUAGGUCUGGUGCUUAAUGGGUCGCGAGUCGUAAUCCAGAUUGAACACCUAAGGAUUCAAUUAAAAUGAUCUGAUUGAUCGUCAUCUACACAGGUCUUACAAAUACAUCACACAUUAUAAACUGAAAGUGAUAAAAAAGUGAUAAACAAGGCACACUUGACACUCUUUGAUAAGUUUCUGAUAAAAAAUUGCAUUUGAUAUGCAUUUAGGUGUGUAUAUUUCAUUUUACAGGUAUUUUUAUGAAAUUUUAUAUGCAUAUU